AUGCUAUCAUUUGCUAUAGAACGUCAACGGAUACUUGAUGUUCAAAUAGUGAAUAUAACCAAUCUAUCAGCACAAUCACAACUAACAUCCAUCAAAAAUCAAAUUUUAAAUCAAUUGGAAUACCUACCAAAUUCGAACGCUGAUGAUGUCAAAGUAAUUCUAACUGAUUGUAAAGUCAAAUGGACUGAUGGCAAGGAAUUCAUCUAUCAUAGUAAUACAAUUCAUGCUCGUCCAUCGUUUCUAUCACCUUUAUCAAAGUUAUUAAAACAUGUGUAUGUUCUACAAAAAGAUGCUAAUGAUAUCGAUGCUACAGUACGCUGGAUUUUAUUAUUACAAAAAAUUCAUCAACUUAUUACAAAAAAUUUGGAAAUACCAUCAUCAAAUUAUGAGUUAGCAGAGACUGAUCUAAAAGAUUUUCUUCUUUAUUUUUUAUAUCAUAACGAUGAACAAAUACAACGAAUGGGCACACAAUUAAUUACCACGUUUAUUAAAGAUUUACCUAUAUCGAAUGAUGUCAAUUUACCACCGUUAAUUUCAUGUUCAAUCAUUAAAAAUCUAUUUCAAACAAUGAUUCUAAAUGAAAAAUUCGACAUCGACGAAAUCCUAUUAAAUGCAUGUUUGAAUCCAUCAUUAAGCUGGCCCAUCGAUGAGCUCUGUUCACUCUUAACAAUCUUAGUCAUGAAUUUGAGUGAAAUAUCAAAAGUAACUACAGAAGUAUCUGAUCGUCGUCAUGUAUGGUUUCAAUUCUUUGUCAAUAUUGUCGACCAUAAUCUCGAUCGAUUAACAUUAUCGCAAACAAAAACUAAUCAACAUUUCAUUGAAUUCUGUCGACAAAUUCAAACAUUAUUAUUCAUUCAAUUGAUACAUCCGACAAUAAGAAAUUCAUUUCAAGUAUUGAAAUUUAUUGUUAAAUAUGUUGCAAAAGAUUGGAUCAAAGUUUUACUCGAGAUUAUUGAUCAACAACGAGUGCAAAUGGAUUUUGCUGAAUUAUUGAAAGAAUCUCGUCAAUACGUUUUUGAUCAAUGGCAAAUAUCCACAAGUUUUAAUCUUCUACUUUCAUUAAUACAAUCUAAUCAAACUGAUAAUCCACAAUUAUUAUUAGAACUUCUCUUAUUACUAGAGAAAACGUUUGAUUUACGAUGGAAACAUAAAUCAUGCUUGAAAAAUAUUGAUUUCACAAAUACGAUUAAACCGAUAGUCAAUUUACUUGAUCUUGUAUUUGCUGCAAAUGAUAAUGAUCAAUUAGUAUGGAAUUCCUCAUUUCGUCAUCGUCUACUGUCCUGUGUGAUGUCGAUAAUUCUACAUUUGAUCAAUCAAGUAACGUCAAAAACAUCAAUCAUGGAUGUGGUCGAUAUGAAACGCAUCGUUCAAGCGACAGUAUUACUUUCAAUUGAAUAUAAGCCAAUGUUGCGAUUAUUCAAUUUUAUUCUUCAAUUGAAACAACCAACUCUGAUUCAUUCAUGGCUCAAUCAAUUAUUAAUUAUGGCAUUAUUCACAAAUGAUAAUUUAAAUGAACAAGAAAAACUCGAUUAUAUUCCACCAAAUGAAGAAAAACUUUCAUUUCAUCUUCGGCCAUCAACUACAAUCGAAUAUUUUGGUAUUUACACUCAUGAUCUUAUCGAAUUACUACGAGAAAAACUCGAUCAAGCAGUAAAUUUGAUUUCAAUGCCAACAUUCAAUUUUCUCUCAUCCUUCAUUCAACAAUCAUUAUCCAUGUUUCUUCAAUGUCUUCUACACAAAAAUUCCAAUAUACGAGUAUCAACUGCUCGUCUACUUGGUCGUGCAUUGAAUAUUCAAUCUGAUGAUCUUAUGAAAUUAUUAAUUAGUUUGAAAGAUGAGAAUGAAGAAGAUUUCAAAAGGACAACAAUAACAUCCGUAAUAUCAUUGAAUUUUAAUAAUGAUCAACAAUCAACAUUAACACAAGUUCAAUUAACACCGACGUAUCUUUUAGAACGUGAAUUGAAACGUUCUAAAUCUCAAAUACCAUUUCGUCUUAUCAAACGAUCCGAUUUUCAAGUAUUGGCUGCUGAUCUAGAACAAACAACUCUUAUCGAAGAUAGUUCAUCACGAGAUUCGAACAGUUUAGAUACUAUCAGACAUUUAAUUACGCAAUGUCCAGAAGAAUUUCGUCACUUAAUACCUAAUCGUCGAACAUUACCAUCGUUAGUACAAACAGAAACCAUGAUAAACAAUCGUAAACGAAUUAUUGAAUGUAUACGAACACCAAUUCAUUUAUUAUUACAAGGUGAAACUGGUGUUGGAAAGAGUAGUCUUAUUCUUGAUGUUGCUGCUGAUCUUCAGAAGCCAUUGAUUCGUUUUAAUCUAUCAUCAAAAACUGAUAUUGGUGGACUUUUUGGAUCGGUUAAAUUAAAAACAAUAACGAAUCCUAAUCAGACACAACAAGAAAUCGAAUUGGAUUAUGAAGAAGGUCCAUUCACAACUGCCUAUCGUUAUGGUCAUUGGCUUUUAUUAGAUGAGAUGAAUUUAGCACCACCAAAUGUUCUUCAAGCUAUUGAACAAGCAUUAGAAUCCGGUGUAUUAAUACUACCCAAUGUCGAAGAUGAUGAUAACACUAAUACGAAUGAACAACAAAAUCAAACAAAACAAAACUAUCGUGUCUAUCAAAUGCAUCCAGAAUUUCGUCUUUUUGCUACACAAAAUCCAUCAACUGGCCAAUAUAAAGGAGCACGUGAUGCUCAAUCAACAGCUUUGCUGAAUCGUUUUAGUAUCUUUAUUGUUGAAGGACCACAAACCAAUGAAUUAGCUGAUAUUGUUGCAAAUCGAUUGAAAAAUGAAAGAUUUCCAUUUGCUACACAAGCCACACAAAUGGUUAAAUUACAUUUAGAUAUAAUGGAUCUCAUAAAAGAUAAUGAAUUCAAAGAACGAAAUAAAAAUUAUUCUGAAAUAACAAUUCGAGAACUUUUUCGAUGGUGUCAAAGUUUAUGUGAUUAUGAAAAAAUGUUAAAUAAAGUGUCGCAAUCAGUCAAAGAUCUUGAUGGAAAUACAUUUGGUCAAAUAAUUAGUGAGCAAGCUUAUGCUAUCUAUGGUCUACGAUUUCGUGAAAGACAAUGUCAAAUUCAAAUUGCUUCGGCAAUUGAAAGAUUAUUUCAGAUCAAUCCUUUAUCGUCAUUGAAAUUAUCAGUGGACUUUCGUGGAGGUAAUUCUAUUGCAUUUCUUUCACAAAGACGUUUAUUAUUACAAAUGCCAAUAAUUACUCUCGAACGUGUUCUCAACGAUUGGCCAUCGCAUAUAUCAAAACCAAGCAAUAUUCAAGAAAUUGAAAAAAUCAUUAAAAUUCACAAUUAUAUUUUCAAAAACUUGCAUAGUGGAUCGAUAACACAAAUUUACGAUUGUUCAUAUGCAUUGCUCUGGUCUGUAUUAGAGCGACGAUGUGGACACGAUAUGACUACAUUACCUGAACUACUUGUUGAAACUUAUGCUAAUUUAUGUCGAGAUAAAAAUCAACGAGAAACAAUUAUCAAAUAUAUUGGAACAGAAUUUCGAGAACCUUUCGAGACCCUAGUUCAAGCUGCAGCAUCACUUUCAUCAGCUCGUUCUUCGUUUUAUCUUGAUGAAGAAGCAAAUCGUAUCGCACAAUUUAUCUUAUCAUCGUCACCAUCACAACCAAUUCUAAUUGUUGGUUCUGAAGGUUGCGGCAAAAGUCAUUUCGUACAAGCCAUAGCGACAUUGACGAAUGUUUAUUGUCAACAUUUAUAUUUGACACCACAAACUGAACCAGCAGCACUUGUCGGUUCUCUUGUUCCACAUCCGAAACUACCGCGAUGGCACGAUGGUGCCGUAAGUGAAGCCAUUACAAAAGGUCAUUGGCUCAUUCUGGAAAAUUUUUCCGAAGCAUCUUCAGCCGUUCUCGAGCGUCUUAAUCCUGUUCUUGAACAGCCCGCUCAAUGGGUUAAAGUAGAAAAUAAUGAAACUGAACCUGUUCGUGUUUCACCAAAUUUUCGUAUCAUUGCUACAAUGUCACCGCCAACUGGACGAUUACAGAAUGCAUCGAUUGAAACAAAUCAUGAGCUCACACCAGCAUUAUACAAUCGGUUUUUGAUUAUUUACUAUCAAGGUUUAAAUUUAUCUUUCAUAGAUGUCUACAAAAAUGUUUUUACAUCUUAUUUUCCAACAAAUGAACAACAAAUAAUUAAUAAUCUCUGCAAAGAAAUUCAAUCGCAAAAGUUAACAACAAGACAAUUAGUUCAAUUUGUUGAUUGUGCAUUCAAAUUACAACAUUCGAAAGUAACCGAGAAACUUAAUUUAGAUCUAGGUUCAGUUUUACUCUCAGCCUAUGAACUUGUGUUCAAUAUUGAUUCAACAUCAACAAUAAACAUUGAGAAUAUUAAAAAAUACUUAGAAAAACAAGCUAAAAAGGGAUCAAUCAAUUUCUUUGAUCUAUCGGCUCCAAUAGAAGAACGUGCAAAACAUCGUGAACAUAUUAUUGAUCCCGAGUCAACACCGACGCGAUAUGAAGCAGCUAAACGUCUUUGUGCAUCGAUUAUUUGUUCACGACCUGUUCUUCUCGAAGGUCCUGCUGCAACUGGUAAAACAAGUUUAAUUGAAUAUCUCGCACAAUGUAAUGGUAAAAUUCUCUAUCGAGUCAAUAAUACGAAAGGUACAACUGUUCAAGAUUAUUUUGGUUCAUAUAUGCCUAAUGGUGAAUUUCUUAAUGGAGCUCUAUCACGUGCAAUGUUAGAUGGACAUUGGUUUGUUGCCGAUGAAUUCGAUUUAGCCGAACCGGCUGUUAUGAAUGUUCUCUAUCCGAUUUUGGAAGGUCAACAACAUCUUACCGUUCCAAAUACUGGACAAACAUUGGUUGCACGCGAUGGAUUUAGAUUUUUUGCAACACAAAAUGGUACAAGUUAUGUUGGACGAAAACAAUUACCUAAAACGUUACGUUCACGAUUUUUAGAAAUACAAUUUCAUUCAUUCUCCGAAAAAGAACUUGAAUUUAUUAUCAUUCAACGAAAAUCGACAUCCAGUGUUUCAACAUCAUCAAAAACGUUUCAUGAUGAUUUAAAACUUGUAGCACCACGAAUAGCAUCGACUGUUACUAUUCUCAAUCGUUAUAUUGAAGAAAAACAACAGCCAUUGUUUGGUGCAGCAAAACUCGGUUUAACAAUGCGUGAAGUUAUCAAAUGGAUCAAUCGAAAACAACGAAAGAUCGAUGUCGCUUGGGAAGAACAUGCAUUGCGAUUGUUAGAAUCACGUGUACCAAAAAAAUUCUAUUCAGAAUUCAUGAAAUGUCUCAAACAUGAACAAGCAUUUCCAAAACUCAUCGAUCCUUCAUUUAAAAUCAAAGUUGAACAUGAUCAAAUUUCACUUCAUUGUCCACCUCGUUUGCCUAUAUCCUAUUCGUUUAUUAAUACGGAUGCAGCAAAAAAACUACAAUUAUCAUCAGCACCGCAAAAUUUACUUCUUUCACUCUGGCGACUAUUUGCCGCUGCAGAACAGCAUGAACCAGUUCUUCUACUUGGUUCAACUUGUUAUAAAUCAUAUUUGAUCAAAGUUUGGUCGAAAUUGAUGGGAAAAGAAUCCGAUCUUUGUACAAUUACAUGUUCGACAUCAACAGAAACAAACGAUCUUAUUGGUUCGAUUAGACCAUAUACACAUGCUGAUGCAUUGAACUUAUUGUUAAGCUGUUUGAAUCAACUUUGCACACGUGUAGAAAAGAGUUUAUUUAAAAAAAUCGAUUCAACUCAAUAUGAUGACAUAAAUGAUUUUCGACGAAACAUAAAUAGUCUAGCUCAAGAUAUCGAUGCUUUUGUUCGAAAAAUAAAAGAACAACAGAAACGAUCGCCAAGAAAACAUCAAACAAAACAAACGACUUUAGUCGAAGAUCCAGAGAGUAUCUCGCUCGAAACACAAUCAAGUGAAAUUACUGAAAAUCAAACGAAAGACUCCGUAUAUAUCCCAUCGGUAGAUUCAGUCCCUCGAACACAAUCACCAUUAGUCAUGACAUAUAGCGCAACUGUUUUUGAUGAUGAUGAUGAUGAUGAUUUUGAAGCUAUCUGCAGCUCUGAACAAAUUAUAGAUGUGAUGAAGGGAGAUUCCCAUGGCGAAGAAGAUAUUGACCCUUUUGCAAUAAUAAGCAAUCCACAAGCCGAAAUUGAUCCAUUUGCAAUUGUAAGCAAUCAACAAGAAGAAAUCGACCCUUUUGCAAUGGUAAAGAAUCAACAAGAAGAAAUCAAUUCUUUCAAUGUAAUAGAGAAAAGUAGUGUUCCAACUAAUUUUGAUAUUACUGCAACUAUAGCACUGAAAAAACAAGAACAAGAAGAUAUUGAUCCGUUCGCAAUGAUACAACCACCGGAACUCUCUGAAGAACAAAAACUUUUAGCAUUUCAUGAUGCUACACAAUCUGAUUUUCAGAAAAUGAUAUCGUCUUCUACUGCAUGGAUAUCUCAGAACAUGAUCGGUAUCAAUCCAGUUCGUCAAGCCUUCGAAUCUGUUGAUCUUAAACUUGAAACUAUUGCCGAAAGUCUCAAUUAUAUAUGUCGAAUUGCAUCAAAUGAGAAUGGCGUUUUACUAAUUAAAAUUCGUUGUGAAAGUAUAAUUGCUGAAAUUCGGCGAGCAAUCGAACAAGGAAAAUCCAAUAUUUUUCUAUUUCAAGAUGGUCCAGUAACUACGGCUAUUAAAGAGGGCAAAGUUUUAAUUUUAGAAGAUAUCAAUGAACCAUCUCAAGCCGUUAUUGAACGUCUCAAUAGUUUAUUUGAAACUGAACCAUCAUUUAUUCUAUACGAAGAUUUUACCGCUCAAGAGUCAACAACAACAAAAACAGAUAUUAAUCCACAACGUGCAAAAAUUCCUAUUUUGCCGACAUUUCAAGUGUUUGCUACUGUUCAUACAGAUGAAAAAACUGAAAAUCGUUUACAAUUGAGUGCUGCAACACGAUCAAGAAUGACAGAAAUACGUGUUCAAUCUUAUGACAACAAUGAGCUUAAAAAUUUAGCAACAAAAUCAAGUUCGAAUCAUAUCGACAAUGAAAAUGACAAAUCAAAAAUUAAUGAAAUGAUCAGCAUUCUAGCUGAUGAACUUGCUCAAAAAUUGGCUCCUGCCAUGAAAAUUGAUUCGUUGGAUUCACGUCAUUUCGUUCGUUUUGGUGAAUGUUUACAAUUACAUGUUCAACAUAUGCCAGUCGAGCAAGCAGCUGCACUUUGCGUCAAAUUUCUAUUUCUUGACGGUGUCAAUGAAUCGAAAAAAUCAUCGAUUUCCAAUUUACAAACAACUAAUGUAGUUUGGAAAGAAGUACUGCAAGCAUUUAAAUGUACACAAGAUUGUAUUACAUCCGAUGAAAAACUUGAAAAAGUUGGUGUCUAUACAAAACUUGAUGAAUGGUGUAUUGUGGAAGACAUGAUGAUAUUAGAUAAAGAAACGGAUGAAGUACGACAGCAUUGGGGUUUACGUCUUUUAUCGAAUGGUUUAAUAGCACCAUUUGCACCACAAGUACAAACGAAACCUGACAAACUCAAAUUUUCUCUCGCUCUAACAAAAUCUGUUUUAAACAAUAUAUCACGAAUAGUGUUUUCAUUACAUUCAUCCAAUCGACAAUUAUUAGCAGGUCCUCCAGGUGUUGGUAAAACAAAAAUCAUUGAAGUUCUAGCAAAAAUGUUAGGAUACAAUGUUGUACGUAUCAAUUUCAGUAGUAAUACUACAUUUGAAGAUCUUAUCGGAUCAUUCGUACCUCGUGUUGUCAAUGGACAACGAUCGUUUGAAUUUCAAGAAGGACCAUUGUAUAUUUCAUUGAAUGAAAAUCGUCACAAUACUGUCAUUUUAUUUGAUGAAUUGAAUUUAGCACGAAAAGAAUUAUUGAAUCAAUUGACACCGUUGUUCGGUAAUGAAAAAGAAUUGUUUAUACCUGCACUAGCGAAAUCGAUUCCAAUCAAUGGUUCAAUUAUUGUUGCAGCCAUGAAUCCGGCUUCAAUCGGUGGUGGCCGAGAGAAAUUACCUCGAUCAACUCAAACACAUUUUAUUCAAGUUCAAUUAUCAUCAUUCGAAGUACAUGAGUUGAUGCACAUUACCAUCUCAUUAUUACGUCCUCAUCUGGAUGCAGGUUAUUUAACUGGAAAACUUAUUGAAAAAAUUAAUACAUUUCAUUUUGAAAUAAGUGAAAAGGCACGAUUACGACAGAUUGGUCGUCUUGGUGGACCCUAUGAUUUUAAUCUUCGAGAUAUUGAAAAAUUAUCAAAUUUAAUUGGAGCUCAUUCACUUACACAUCGAGCUCAUAUUAGCCUUUCAGAAUCAGGAGCGCCAUCAACAACGAAUACAGCUGAUAAUGAUAGUGUAAGUAAAAUCGAAGAGCAAAACAUUAUUCGUAGUCUAUAUGUUUAUUUGGAUAUUGUCUAUGCGUCUCGAUUUGAAUAUGUUGCCGAUCAAACUUCUGUUCGUGAAAUGAUACGACAACACUUUAGUUUGGAUACUGCUAACACAGCUACGGCUAGUCAACAAGAACCAGUUGAUAGUGAUUUAAAUCUACAAGGUUAUGCACGACUCGGUUUUGUCUACAUCGAAAAGAAAGAAUAUCCGUCAACUUAUAGAUCAUGUAUUCACAGCAAACGAACUUUAGAAAGAUUACAAUUACUAGCAGCAGCUACAGUGAGCAAAGCGACAGUUUUGAUCGAAGGAGGCGAUUGCUCGGGCAAAACAGCUACUGUUUGUGAAUUAGCUCGAAUAUGUGGAAGACGAUUAUUAGUACUAAAUCUCAAUCAUGAAACAACAACAUCAGAUUUACUUGGUUCAUGGACUGUGAUCAAUAAAAAUUCAUAUGAAAAGCGUCGAAAACAGAACAGUAAACAAUUGCUCAAUGAUAUUGUUCGUUUUACAUUAGCUGUCCUCAUACCAUUAUCGCAAAAAUUUCACGAAACCGAACAAUUGAUUCGAACAAUUACACGCAUAAUUUAUCAAUGGGAACAUGGUAAGUCAUUGAAAUCAUUAAAAAAGUAA